UAUUUAUGAUGUCCUCUGCACAGAUCUACUCUGACAUUGACAUAUUAUUACUUAUUGGAAUGUCUGUCCUCCAGGUAGCACAGAGGGAGGAUGGUGAUCCUCAGAGGGAAGGAAAGGAAGUUGUUGAGGAAGAACCGGUGGCCACGCCCAAAGAGGAGGCCAAGAAGGGAAGGAAGGCAAAAAGGAAGAGGAGUGGCAAGAAGUCAAGGAAGCUGGGCACUGACAACGAUGCAGUCUCCAGGAAUAAACACCUGGAUAGAGGAUCUGUAAUUGAGCUCCUGGAGAAGAAAGCUGUUAAGGCUGCAUUCGGCCCAGGCAACAAGGAUGAGAUGGAAUACUCCUACCCAAUCCUCAUCUCAUUCCUGCGCAAUCUUACUGAUGAGCAGUGGCAAGUGAUCUACAAAGGACUAAAAAACCCUAUGACGAAGGAACAGCUUGCCAAAUUGUGCAAGACAAUUGUAACCUUCAUCGCACAGACCACCCUGCAGAUCCUGCUGCCAGCCCUGGCCCGCGUACUUGGGGUAAAGGACUUUGCUGACAACGACACUGACUCACCCAAGAGGGGUGGCAGUGCAAGAUCCUUUGCUGCCUUUGAUCAGGAAAGACUGGAGCUCAUCCAGGAAGUUAGAUAUCUGGCGAAGAAAAUGUAUAAGGGCGGCACAGGGGCUCAACAUCUCAGGUCCCUAACACCCUCUUCUAAGAGUUCCCAGACCUCAGUGAAAGUCCACCUGGGAAUGACAGAGGACAGAAUCAUCAAAAGUGUCCAGGAGCAACUGUCUGAUCAUAAUAUCCUGUCCUCUUGCCCACCUGAGCUGACUGUUGGUCUUAUCAAGGUGGUGGUCGAACAGCUUAACUCUGCCCUCUCUGCGACCAUCAGCAGAGCCAUUUCAGGGCAGUCCUCCCCUAUUUCUUCUGGUAACCAGGCCGCUGAACAAAUGGUCAACAUGGUCCAGAAAUGUUUUGAUGAUCACACCUCUGUAUUAGAGUCAUGCAUUCCACCUGCAACAGAAGAGGUGAUGACUGUUAUCGCAGAGAUGGUGGGUGAAUUGGAAAAAGAAGAUCCGGAAUUGGCUAAGGUUUUUCGAGAAGUGGCUGUGAAAGUUAAAAUGUUGGCAUCUGGCAGUGACCUUGUAGUAGAGCACCUGGAUGUUGAAGACUCUCCUGUUCCAGAGGAGCUGAACAUAAUAUGUACAUCUUGCAAAGCAAUGAUGCAAAAUCUUGGCACUCUGUUUAGUGUGAAGUUCAAGACCAAAGCCUCAAAGGCUGUGAGUGAAAUUCUUGUGAGAAGGUUAAUGAGCGAUAUCUCUGGUAUGGUUCAACCUUCUCAUUCGUUUAGUACCACUCCAAGCUUGAUGAAUGCAUCUAGCCACUCUGACAGGAUCCUUGAUUCUGCGGCCACUGAGCUCAUACAGACCAAAGUAGAAUCUGAGGCAUCAAAAAUAAUUGAUAACUUUGUUGAAGAUGUCAAGGACAUUGUGCAGUAUGCUGAAUUAGAUCAGCCAACAAGCACCCAGAGAGAUACCCAAGUGGGACACUGUACGACAAAGCGGAAACCCUUCCAUGCAGCUCGUAGACUCUGCGAGAGACUUCAGGCAAAGCUGGAGACAUUAUUCCUCAGAAUGGGUGGAGCUCCAGUCCAAGGGGAAGAACUUAUGGAAAAAGCUGACUCCAGUGCUGUGCUUCUGGAGCAUACUGACUCCAGUGAUCUGCCUGUUUCAAUCCUGAGCUUGCCUUCCCCAUGUAGGAGUGAAUCCCCUAUAUCAGAACGUAGUUCAUCUUCUUUAUCUGAUGGAUGUGAUUCAACUGACUCUGUAGGAGAGAAAACACCAGAGCAACCUGAAACCAGUAAGAGUGAGGCAAUACUGCAAGUGGUCAACUCAACAGGACUUGGUUCUCUCCGUAAAUGCCAAAGUGAGAACUCUCAACCAUUACUGUCUCUCUGUGAUUCCAACAUGGUGCCCUGCACCAAAGAGGUCUUGUCCCAGAUUGUGACCAUGUAUAGGUCAGAGGUGGCAGAUUUGGAAUGCACAUCAUCUGUUGCAGAGGGUUCCUCUUACAACUCCCUUGAAGUCUGUGGCUUUUUGGACAGUGUCAUGUCUUAUCUAGAAGACAUGCCUGUGUCUGGUUCUUUGUGGUUGGAAGGAUUAAGAGAUACUCCAGCCUCAGUCAUUGAGAAACUCUCCAGUGAGGAGUUCCAGAUGAACGCUACCAACGAAGUGCGAAAAAUACUGAUCAAAUCAGUCAGUAGCUUUCCCAGCAAAGUCAGUUCCAGCCAGACAGAUUCUCAGAUGUUGCCAGCAAAAUCAACAAUUUCCUUAAGGCAUACAGAUAUAACUGCUUUUGAAAUCGUUGGAUCAAUUACAAAUGACAUGAAGAGCCUUUUCCCACCCACAGAGUCUUCUACUACUCUAUGGCAGGCAGACUCUAUGCUUCAACAGAGUGAUGAGAAAACCUCAGAGUACACUGAGGCCACACCCAAAGGCUCACAGUCUGGUUUGGAAGUAUCUGAGAAGAAGAUCUGGACAACUGCAAAGACUAUUUACCACAAUGUGAAGACAAAGAUGAGGAAUUAUUUUACAUGGCAAAAUCAAGUCAAAGCAACAACGGCUCAAGCCAAAAAGACCCUCAGCCAUAUUCUGCUUUCAAUUCAGAAAGAGCUGUCAAAAUCUGACCAAACGGUGACUGCGCUUUCACAAAUAGAGAAUGUGGUUGGAAUGAUGCUGAAGGAUGUUGAAAGGGUAAGCAGUGAAUGUGGUGAGGAACUGAUCUAUCAAGCGCCACAGCGUUCUUCCUCCUCGUUGUCAUCCUCAUCUGCCAGAUCAAAGAAGUCAGAGUGGGAAUUUGCACUCCCUGGCACUCCCAUCUCUUCUGAUUUACCAGAGAGUAUUACUCAGCCCAUUGUGAGAUGCUCAGUCAUCGACAUGGGCAAAUCUACUAAGCCAAAAACAUUGGUGUGUGAUGCCAGGGAAAGCAUGUCUGCAAUAGUGGAUACCAUCAUAAAGGAGGUACAUCCAGAGGAAGAAGGGGAGGUUGCAUUCCACCCUGGUCUAACAGCUGCAAUAGCAAGACUGGAGGAGCUCAUAUCUCAGGGUAGGAUUGGUGCUCUCUCACGUGAUCUUACUCACCGAGUCAACCGCAUCAUUUCUGAGAGCAACUUGACCCCUCUGGUUCUGACAGUGGCGGCUGGAAAGAGUGCAUCCGAUACAGUCCUUACUGAGCUGAAGAGGAAUGACAAGACGGUGGGGAAGCCCACAGUUUACAAGGUGGUUCAGCUUUUUGCAGAGGAGUCUGUGAAGCGCCUCUUGCUUCCUAGCCUUGUGCCCUCUACAGCUUCACUGAGUUUGGCUCAGGGAGUUAGUGUGCCGGCUAGCGUAUCUGAAGAUAGGAUUUCAUGUUCUUUUUCUUCAUCAGCAUUUAGUGACACAGUCAGCCUGUUUACCAAAGUAAUGGUAAGCCAGGUCAUGGACUCUGUGGUUUCUGAUGCACAAAGCAGAGGGUCAUCUCCAACCGGAACUGUAACUGAUAUAGGCAGUCUACUGAGUGGUAAGUCCUACCCUUUGCCAUCUUUCUCCGCCAUCAGCAUGACAACAAGUGGGACCUCCAAUGCUGCACGAGGCUUUGAGGCCAACAUAGAUGCUGAGGAAAGGGAUACCAUCAGUUGUUUCGGUGUACCUCAGAGCAUUGUUGGUGAUCAGAAUUCAACCAGCCCGGAUGUUGCCUCGCUUUUAACCCCAUCCACUGACAACUUAGUCGGUGAUGAUGACUUCACCGGCCUCAUCAGCAUGUUAGUGGUGAGACUUCUGUCAAAAAUCCAAACCCAAACUGAUCUGUACCCAACUGACGUCACACGCACGUCACAAGACCUGAUUCCAAAAGUUAUAGCUGCCUUCUGUGCAUGGUCAGGCUGCUCUGAGACCCAAGCUUAUCCCAAGAACCUGAAGAGUCAUAAAGUAUACAGCACCGUCUACAAACAUCUGUUGAAGGAGUUUGGCUCAGAGAAAAUACUCCAACUGGCCGUGUCGACUCAGGACUCCACUUUCAAUAGGAUUCUUGUGAAGUCAUUGAGCAAGGAGCUUCUCCACAGUUGUAACGAGGCAUCAAGAGCAGCCUCAAGAACAUCUUUCGAAGCCACCAGGCCAGAAGCUCUUCUCAUGGCUGAAGAUGUGAAGGCUACCAGAGGGAAGCUGUCUUUCCUACAAAGGCUUGCCAGACUGAAAUUCAACUUAAAGCCAUUCAUGAUGGGAAACAAGAAGGAUUCCAAGAAGAAUUCCCGCCAUUCUGAAUCCAAAGACCAGACUACUGCUGAAGAUAUCAUGUUGGCACAUCCUGGACUCCCAGAGGGUCUUCCCUCCAACUCUCAACAGGAGAAGCCUCGCAAACGUCCCCUUCUAAUCAGGAUGUUUUCCACCAUCUCCAUAGGCCUAUCCAAGCCAUUCAAACAGUUUUCAAAGCAAGCUUAAUACAACAAUUUCCUUUAAUACAGUAAUAUUUGCAUUGAA